UAAUUCUUGGAUGCGUAAACUUACAUAUAAUAAUAAACAUUUACUUAGGGGUGACAACCGCGAGCUCUAGACGACAAUAGGUCUUGUGUGUUGAGAGAGAGAGAGAGAGACGGCGGGUUAGGUUUGGGCAUGGCUUCUGUUGAGAAGGGAAGGAUUUGUGUGACAGGGGCAGGAGGGUUCGUUGCCUCGUGGGUUGUCAAUCUUCUCUCUAAAGGCUACGUUGUCCAUGGAACUGUUAGACAACCCCAGGAUGACAAGUAUGCCCACUUGCGUAAACUUGACAAAGCUCCCCAGAACCUGAAACUAUUCAAAGCAGAUUUAUUGAACUAUGACUCCAUGCUUUCGGCGAUUGAAGGAUGCAGUGGAGUAUUCCAUGUUGCUAGUCCAGUGCCCUCCACAAUUUCUUCGAAUCCUGAGUUGGAGGUGCUUGAACCUGCUGUAAAAGGCACUCUUAAUGUUCUUAAAGCAUGUCUUGAAGCAAAGGUCCAGAGGGUAGUUUUUGUAUCGUCGGUUGCUGCUGUGGUUAUGAAUCCUAGGUGGCCCAAGGGACAAGUUAUGGAUGAAACAUGUUGGUCUGAUAAGGAAUAUUGCAGAACCACCAAGAACUGGUAUUGUCUUUCUAAAACAGAAGCAGAAACUGAGGCUUUGGAGUUUGGAAAGAAAACUGGGCUUGAUGUUGUUGCUGUUUGUCCCACUUUCGUUUUUGGGCCAAUUCUCCAGUCCAGUAUAAAUGCAAGUAGCUUGGCUCUCAUUAAACUUUUGAAAGGAGGGAAUGAGUCGGUUGAAAACAAGCUUCGGAUGAUAGUAGACGUACGGGAUGUAGCUGAAGCACUGCUUCUGGCAUAUGAGAAACCUGAGGCUGAAGGAAGAUACAUAUGCACUGCUCAUGCAAUCAAGACAAGGAAUCUGGUGGAUAAGCUGAGGAGUAUAUACCCUCAUAACAAUUAUCCAAACAACUUUGUUGAUGUAGAAGAAGAAGUUACGCUGAGUUCCGAGAAGCUGCUGCAGAGGUUGGGAUGGAGGUACCGAUCAUUGGAUGAGACUUUGAUUGAUUCUGUAAAGAGCUAUCAGGACAAUGGACUCUUGGAUUAGGACUACUUUACAAUGUUGCUGUCAGGCCGUGCCUUGACUUUCCAACUUAGAGUUGUUGGCUUCCUCAACAACUACAAAUUUGGCAUUUGAACAAUGGUAAUAAGCAAUGUGGUGUAUUUGAGCGCUUAGACCCUUGCAUACGUUAGUUUAGGGAUCAAUCGAGUUUUGAUCCCAUUGUAUCUAAAAUUGUAUAAUGGCAGUUUCAGAUGAUGGAUAACACUAUCUAUUUCGUUUC